AUGGAUCUUUCACUGAUGCCGUGUCUUUCAUACCUUGAACGACACAUACUCCAGUCAACUGAGACAAAAGAUCUCUUUGUGGAAAAUUUCGAAAGGAUGAUUAAACAGAGGCUUGCAGACGAACGAGCAGAGCUCGAACGUCAAGGCAUUGAUCCUCAAAAGGCUGGGCCUCCAUCCCGAUAUACCGUACCUCGAGACACUCAUGAGUUUGAAUCUAAGAUCGUCUACAACGACAUUGCAAUUCCGGUCAAGGUCCCUACAGCAAUCUCUCCAGAAACCGUGGGUGAUUUUUCCUUGGUCAAACUUAUACAGACAUUUGCGGGUCCCCAUGCUGCCUCCCCACAACCUUUUGCUCUACAUCCCCACCUAACAAGCAGCGGACCUUUCACACAUCCCAUAAUUGUGCUGGUAAAUGCUCUGCUCACUCAGAAACGUGUUAUAUUCCUGGGGCAUAAUCGGCCAUCUGGGGAGGUUGCUGAAGCUGUCCUUGCAACAUGUGCCCUUGCUUCAGGAGGAACACUACGGGGGUUCACUCGCCACGCCUUUCCAUACACGGACUUGACUAAAAUUGAUGAGCUUAUUAAAGUUCCUGGUUUUGUGGCCGGUGUCACAAAUCCGACAUUUGCUAACCAUCAUGAAUGGUGGGAUCUUCUUUGUGACCUCCCUAGCGGACGGAUGAAGAUUAGCAACCGUGUUGAGGCUGCUCCUGUAACAGAAGGGAUGCAGUAUUUCCAACCACAGAACCAAAACUCCUCAUCAUCUCUACUCGGCAGCUCCUCCAACCCUCCGGACCUUACUGGCGAUGUGCAGUUUAUGGAUGAUAUCCUUAAGAGCAUAGCUUCACGACAUAGUGAAGGUGUUAUCCGAGCCAAAUGGCGUGCCUAUAUCAACAAAUUCACAAGAAUAUCUGCCACCUUUGAGGAGAUAGUCUACGGGGCAACUGCUCUUGAUAUAGUGGGGCCUGAUGAGUCCCCGCAAGAUUCAUCUCCAAUGCGUGAACGCUCGGGGGAAUCAACUCUACGUGGACACGGAUACGUUUGGGUCGAUGAAGCCACCAAACAACGUGAACUUGCCGCUUGGGUACCGCGAAUUGAAGGGUGGAGAAACACCCGGUCAUAUUACUACUUUAUUCAAGACACUGCAACAAUGCAUCUUGUUGGAAAGCCAUUGAAGGGUUUAGAUGUCCAACAUCAUCAUGAUCGACUACGGACACUCAAGCUCAGUGAUGUGGAUGCUAAGGCAGUAUAUGUUGCAUUUUCGAAAUCCAUCAAAGAUUACAAUUCUAUAUGCCAACUUCUUUCAGUUAUACCCGAAACACAGGCCGGGCUCUUCUAUCUCUCUAUGGGCCUCUUUCACAAUGACUCGGUAGUUCGCAAUGCUACAGUUGAUUUACUUGAUAGAAUAUCUGUUCAUGAAGCUGGUCGGCAUUUCUGGGCUCAGCUCAGUCGUUUUGCAAGGCUAGCUUACUAUCGAAUCAAGCGCGACAAAGAAAGGGAAGUAGCUAGCCCCUUAUCCUCCCCUUUUGAUGACAACACGUCACAUAGCAUAGUCGGGGUGGCCGUGAGCCAUACUUCAGUUGGAACCAAAAAAGGAGUUCGACGAAGCUGA